UUUUACCGAACAAGAAGCAAAAUUAACUUCUUUUUGAGAGUUGCGUAGAACGAUCUCUUCGCUCGCUUCUUUUCAUGGAUUCUCUCCUUUUUUAGAUUGUAGGUAUGGAGUCUGUAUGUGAGUGGAAAAUAACAUGUUGCAGUGCUUAGAAGGACUCAACUAUCUCUGUGCAUUCCUCUUAAAAUGCUGUGAUCUUGAACCGCACAGGCAUCCGAGAGGCCUCAAGGAUCCGCACCGCCUAGCAAGGGAAACAGUGUUUAGUGUAAGCGAGAUCGAAGCAUUGUAUGAGUUGUUUAAAAAGAUAAGUAGUGCUGUGGUUGAUGACGGGGUUAUAAACAAGGAAGAGUUCCAGUUAGCACUAUUCAAGACUAACAAAAAAGCAAGCUUAUUUGCUGAUCGGGUAUUUGACUUGUUUGAUACGAAUCAUAAUGGGGCUCUAGGAUUCGAAGAAUUUGCACGUGCGCUCUCAGUUUUCCACCCAAAUGCUCCCAUGGACGAUAAGAUUGAAUUUUCUUUCAAGCUGUAUGAUCUCAAGCAACAAGGGUUUAUUGAAAGGCAAGAGGUAAAGCAAAUGGUAGUGGCAACAUUGGCCGAGUACGGCAUGAAUCUUUCUGAUGACAUCAUCGAAGAAAUCAUCGAUAAGACUUUUGAGGAGGCUGACACAAAGCACGACGGGAGAAUCGACAAGGAAGAGUGGCGCAAUCUUGUGUUGAGGCAUCCUUCUCUCUUGAAGAAUAUGACCCUUCCGUACCUCAGGGACAUCACAACCACAUUUCCGAGCUUUGUGUUCCACUCAGAAGUUGAGGAUGCUUGAGAUUCUUCGUUUCGCAAGAUCUGUGCGAUUAAGUGGAGAAGGAAUAAAAAAAAACCUAGUUGGAUUUGUAUAAUCUCGUUCGACUCCUUCGGAUUUUGCUGCUUUUGUUUCGAAUUGUAAAGCUUUUGAAGUCGCUACAAAUAUGGAUUGGAAACUGUUCAUUGUAAAGAUGUAUUUACUGUAUGUUUGUAUUUGAUUGCUGUAAUUUUUUUUUUUUUUUUGUCCUUGAACCUUUCUUUGUAUAGAAAACUUUAAAUUGUGACUUUUUUGUUGGAAAAUUACAGGAAAAUAAUUUUUA